AUGGGAGCGUUCAGCCGACAGAAGUUCUUCCAGGAGCUGGCCCAUGGCUGCCUGCUGCCCACGGCCCAGCAGGGCCUGGAGCAGGUGUGGCAGCUGCUGGUGAUUUGCCUGCUGUGCCGGCUCCUCUGGAUGUUAGGCCUCCCCCACUUCCUGAAGCACCUGGGCACGGUGGCCGGGGGCUUCUACGCUCUCUACCUGUUCUUUGAGCUUCACAUGAUCUGGGUGGUGCUUCUCAGCCUGCUCUGCUACCUCUUCCUCUUCCUGUGCCGCCACUCCACCAUGAGAGGCACCUUCCUCUCCAUCACCGUGCUCAUCUACCUGCUGUUGGGAGAGCUGCACAUGAUGGACACCACCAACUGGCACAAGAUGAGAGGUUCACAGAUGGUAGUUGCCAUGAAAGCCAUCUCUCUGGCCUUCGACCUGGACAGGGGCGUGGUCUCCAGUGUCCCCUCACCCAUCGAGUUCAUGGGCUACAUCUACUUCGUGGGCACAGUCAUCUUCGGUCCCUGGAUCAGCUUCAACAGCUACAAAGAAGCUUUGGACGGACGUAAGCUGAGCUUUUCGUGGUUUUUCAAAGUGUCUGCGAGCUGGGUGAAGAGUCAGGUCUGCCUGGUUGUUUCCAACUGUGUAGCACCGUACCUCUUCCCUUAUUUCAUUCCUGUUUACGGAAACAAGCUACUGCGAAGUAAAAAGAGGAGGAAGAUCAGAGGAACACUGGCAAAGUGGUUGCUGGCGUAUGAGAACACGAUGUCUUUCCACUUCAGCAGUUACUUUGUCGGGUAUUUCAGCGAGACCACCGCCACUCUGGCCGGGGCGGGCUUCACCGAGGAGAAAGACAACCUCAAAUGGGACAUGGCCGUGUCCAAGCCCCUGAGUAUAGAGUUCCCCCGGUCGAUGGUGGAGGUGGUGACGUCCUGGAACCUGCCCAUGUCUCGCUUCCUGCACACCUAUGUUUUUACGAGUGCUCUCAAAUUUGGGACUUUCUCUGCCAUCAUGGUGACAUACGCAGCCAGCGCUCUCCUGCACGGUUUGAGUUUCCACCUGGGUGCAGUGCUGCUCUCCCUGGGGUUCAUCACGUACAUCGAACACGUGUUGCGGAAGAGGCUCGCUGCCAUUUUUAACGCCUGUGUGCUGUCGAAGAAGUGCCAGGCAAACUGCACCCAUCGAAACAAAAAGGAGCUGUGGGUCUAUAUGAUCAACAUAGCAUUCAGCGCCUUGGCACUCCUCCACCUGACGUACCUGGGCUCUGUGUUCAACUCCAGUGUGGACUACAUGGAGGAGGAUGAGGACGAUAUCACCCAUCAUACCAUUCAGAAGUGGUCGGAGCUGAGCUGGACGAGCCACUGGGUGACGUUCGGAUGCUGGAUCCUGUACCGCCUGGUUCUCUAA